CCGACAAGGCUAAAGAUGUGGAAGUACAAUUUAUUCGUGGUUUUAACUUUUCUAUGUGCGAAUACUAUAAGUUUUGAAAUUUUCGACGAGGCUGGUCUCGAGCCAGAAAUUGGCGAAGAAAAUGAGAAAGGAAUCGAUUUUGUGCCUGAAAUAUUUGAUGCAGCUGUAAAUGGUACUGAAGAUGGGGUAGAAGACUUUAUAUUGCCCGAUUCAAAUAACACAGGAAUACCAGAUGAGUUGGAGAGUACCAAGUGUAUCGGAAACGGAGUUUUGGACUUCAUACAAUGCGUGGUAACUUCGAAGAUUGAACGUUUUCGAAGCGCUCCCAGUGAGGUCGCGUUCCCCGAUAUACAUCCUGGCGUCUUUCAGCGAAGGAAAAUGAAUAAGAUCCAGGGCAGUCUUGAAAAGUGGAUUAAGGAGUUUAUUAAGGAUAUGGUUCCGGAUACAAAUUGUACAUCUGAUGAAUAAACUAUUUGUGUGAAAUGAAUGAAUCUUCAAUUCAAUACGCAUAAUUUAAUA